AUGACGCCAGUCAUUGAGGAGCGAAUAAGUGACACUGAGGCGAUGCUGGGCGGUGGACUUGCAGUCCCAUCCACGACGACGCAGCUGUGGCCGGAUGUUCAGCAGUCCUGCGUGCCACCUGUGUUUCUGCAGCUGGUUCAGCUGGCCACUUUGCAGUUCUGCAUGCCAUCUGUGAUCCUGAUGUGCGCCGUGGCCGACGCCCACGCCGGCUACCUGGGAGGCUACGCCGCCCCCGCCGUCGCCGUAGCCCACGCCCCCGUGGCCCACGCCCCCGUGGCCGUGGCUCCCGCCGCCUCCUCGUACGCCAACACGUACCGCGUGUCGCAGACCGCCCGCCUCCUGGCCGCCCCCGCCGUCGCCGCCGCCCCUGUGGCCUACGCCGCCCCCGCCAUCCACGCCCCUCUGGCCUACGCCGCCCCUGCUGUCGCUGCUCCCCUGUUGAAGGUCCACUAG